AUGAGCAGCGAGAUCGUGCGGUGUGACGGUGAGAUCGGUGUGGAGGUGGAGCGCGCAGGGGAUGCCGUGGCGGAGAAAGGCUGGGCGCUGCACGACGAGCGGGAGAGGGUCCAGAAGGCCGCCCUCGCCGCGCUCGACAUCCUCAGCGGCGGCCGUGGUGCCAUCUGA